AAAAAUGACAUGUAGCUCAAACAAUAUACUUAAUCAAUCUCAUCACAUCUAUCAUAAUAGUGCAGCAUACAUAUAAAUUAUUUUGGGAUCGAGUAAAAAACAAUACCCUUCAAAUCUUGGAACAUAUUGGAUGCAAAAAGCUGCCCUAUUUCUUCUAUUUGGGACUGAAAUUAUUAGUAUAGCAUCGAUUGGUUUUCAUUGAAAUUUAGGGAAGUGAGAUUCUUGAGCAUUAGCGGCAACCUUUAAGGUUAUUAGGCGCUAAUAGUCAUUUUAUAGAGAUUAUUGCUGGAAAUCGAUGGAAAUGGGGGAAUCACAACAAGCGAGGUUUGCUGAAAACGUUGGCGGGAAAGUGAAGCGGGCACUAAAAAUUUUAAGUUUAGGGAUAUGUCAGAAUCUUGAGCAUUAGUGACGACUUUAAAUUGAAUGUGUCGUCCCUAAUAGUCCUUUAUAUACAUGAAAUCCACUUCAUCUUCUUCAUUUGGGUCACCUGUGUUUAUCCCCCAAAUCAUCAUCUAUCCCAACUUCCCAAACCCAGAAAAUCAUUCCCUAUACCCUAAUCUUUGAUUUUCCUCAUUGAAUCCCCAUUCUCACCCAUGUUAGGGCCGCCCGCCUCUCUUCGCCUAUCACCGAGUCCCUCUCUCUCCAGUCUCGACACUCUCGACAGUUCGUCUUCGUCUCCCUCGGCGAAGUAUCAAAUACCUACAGAUGUUGAAAGCUACUACAGUGAAGAUGGUACUAGCGAUCAGGACCCAACUGAUCCUACUCAACAAUCACCUGAGGAAAUACAAAGAUUGAAGGAACUGGUAAUUAAAUUGCAAAAGCAAAUAGAUCUAAUUCAAAUGCAUGUGGAGAAGAAUUCAACUAGGCCAUCUCAACCUCAUGUCAGCAUGCAUGGACCCUCAACUUCUCAAUAUCCAUGGCAGAUGUCGCCACCACCACCAUCGCAACAGCCUCCUCCAACGCCCUAUCACUAUCUCAACAUGUAUGGGGUCCCAUCGCAGCAGGCUCCUUUGACGCCCUAUCACUACCCUCACACAUAUGGGGCCCCAUUGCAGCAGCCUCUGCUACCCUAUCACUAUCCCUACACGUAUGAGCCCCCAUUGCAGCAGCCUGCUCUGUCGCCCUAUCACUAUCCCUCCACAUAUGAGACCCCGUUGCAGCAGCCUACGCCGCCCUAUCACUAUCCCAACAUAUUUGGGAUUCCAUUGCAGCAGCCUACGCCGCCCCAUCACUAUCCCAACACAUUUGGGCUUCCAUUGCAGCAGCCUAUGCCGCCCUAUCACCAUCCCAACACAUUUGGGCCUCCAUUGCAGCAGCCUACGCCGCCCCAUCACUAUCCCAACACAUAUGGGCCCCAACCGCAGCAGCCUAUGCCCCCUCGGCCUAAAGUUUCAGACAAUGCAAAAGAUCCUUGUCCAAAACGCGGGCAUACAGCUCAGGAAGUACCAGAUCAUCCCAAGUUACAAAAUACAAAAAAGGUUUCAAAAGUGUCUUUGAGUGAAAUGAUGUGGGCAAGGCUCGAGCAAUUCUCUACAAUGAACAAGUUCAAGAGAUUAGUUCUCUUGUUUAUUGGUUGGUAUAUGUCAGUAAAUGAUGCUGGUUUUAAGGCAUUAAUUUCUGAUAUGGAUACUAGCAGCAGAGGAAUGAUUAACGAGGAUGAACUAAGAGUCGGAUUGCAUAAGCUUGAUGAUCAAAUUCCAGAUUCACAUGUUCAUGUUCUAAUGAUAAUUGGUGAUCUAGAUAAGGAUGGAUAUUUGAACUAUCUAGAAAUUGUGGGCUUAUUUGCUAAGCUAAGAUUGAUAGGCAAUGAUGACAAGUACCUUCGCAUAGCCUUUGAAUUAUUCGACGAAAACCAAACCAAAUACAUAGAAAUUGACGAUCUACGACAUUGUUUGGCUGAUGUAGUUCAUGAAAACAUUGAAGAAGUUGUUGAAGCCAUUAUGGAAGAAGUGGACAUUGAUAAGGAUGGAAAAAUAAGUUAUGAUGAGUUUGUUGCGAUGAUGAUGUCUGAUAUAAAAUGGAGACAAUCAUCAAGGAAGUAAUCACAAGAGCGGUGCAACAACAGUCUCAGUCUGAAUUGGAAGAACCAUAGAGUAAUUUUCUUUUGUUAUUGUUUUGAAAUGCUUCUCAGUUGAUUUUCUAAUUUGAGAUAUCAUUCUGCUUUUCUGUUUUGAAAAGGGUUGCACUUGUUUGUUUUUGAGUGUUUGCUAUGUUUCAUUUCUACCAAAGAAUAGUUCCAUUAGAAUCAUUGUCUUCUGUUACUCUUUCUUUUAGUAUUUAGAUGAAAAAACAAAAACCUAUUAAUGAUUAGUUAGUUUAAUCUGGUUGUUAGGUAGUUAGAGUUCAGUUAGUGUCGGUUAGCUUAGCUGGUGUGAAGCUGUAAUAACUGAAUUUUGUUACAUCUGUAGCUCUCUGUAUCUUGAUCUCUCCAUUGUAUAUAAUGAUACUAGCUAGUGUGUGUCACAUUAAAUGAGAUUGUUUGCCUAGUCUUCUUCUUUCUCAGA